GCCUGCGGGCGGCGUAGCUUCACUGGGGGCGUGGCCGUGUGUGUUUGUGCGCUUCCAGUUGGAGUUCAGGGGUGCAGACAGGAAUUCGUGAGGACGGCUCAUCUUCUGCAGCAUGUUCGGCACUGAAAAUGACCACCAGAGAGGACCCCCAGUUUUUGUCGCUAAGGCACGCGCAUGCAAUGGCGUGCACUAACGGCCCGAUAAGUCGCGGGCACCUUGUGGAUUCCGUGAAGAUCACACGCUCUGAACCCAGCGACAGCACAGUGGAUGUACAUAGGAACUGCAGAUUCAACGCUGAACAUUACAAAAUCUCAGACUGCAGCUUCAACCCUGGUCCCAGCAAGUGUCUGGAAGGCGAUGACGCAGUUGGCGCGAACAAGAGAAACGUGGAAAUUUGGAUGGAUGAACCGAGAUCCUGUCGCAUGCCGUCGUCUGCAAGCCAUCAUCAGCAUGAUGCUAUGUCUUCUUUCCUCACUCAGCGGAACAUCAAACAGGAAAGCUUGGGUUACCUCUACGAGCCGCUGAAAAGCUCUGCUUCAGCAGCUCCCUAUGUGGAGGACUUCUCCAGCGCACGUUUUGCUUCAGAAUCCUACGUAGACCGUAUAAUGCUCCCCGUACCAGGCUACUUCCGGCCAUCUCAUACGCACCCACAGGCCAGGAUUUAUUCCCACACGACUCCUCAAAAUCAGGCUCUUCUGACUACUUUAGAUUCUUUGAACGGUACAUCAUUGUCCAGCUCCAAGCAAGCGCUUGAAAUAACCCCUGGAGAUGUCACGAAGCUUUCCAGGAGCCGAGAUAAGGAGUCCCCCUUAAACAGUGACAAGGAAGAGACCCAGGAGACCACUGACGAGGGUUCGUCCUCUCCAGAGCCACUAGAGACGCAAAGAAAAUGUCAGGAAAAAGGUGAUAAAGGAGACUGUAAAACAGAGAGACCAUCCAACUGGCUAACAGCAAAAAGUGACCGGAAGAAGCGCUGCCCCUACACGAAAUACCAAACACUGGAGCUGGAGAAAGAAUUCCUCUUCAAUAUGUACUUGACUCGCGAGCGCCGCCUAGAGAUCAGCCGCAGCGUGCACCUGACCGACAGGCAAGUUAAAAUAUGGUUCCAGAACCGGCGCAUGAAACUGAAGAAAAUGAGCCGAGAAAGCCGAAUCCGAGACCUCUCGCACACUUACGGGUUUUCUUGUUGACAGGAAGUUUUCCUGAAACCAGGUUCUUACCUGUGUAUUUCUGAAGGUACUGUUUACACGUGAGGCAUGCCUCGUGGUUAUUUUCUCCGGUGUAAGCUGCUGACGACGUGAAUGUGUUUGUUUGUUGUAAGGGUUGUUUUGUUGCAUUGUUCUUGUCACUGUACGGCUGUAGACUCUUUACCACUUUAUUAGUAGGUGAAAGUGAUGAUACCAGGUAUGUUCAAGGCAUUCUUAUUAAAGGCCUAUCUUGUCAUGUUAGUGGAAUGCCCGCGCGCUGUUCUGAGACAAUAGGCCGCUAUUGAGCGGGUCUAAAUGUGGGCACGGUCUUGAUUAAUAGUUUAAAUAUUUUUGCACGGGUUCUGUUUUUCUGUAAAAGCAAUUGUUAGCAGUUUGUAAAUUUUAAGGAGUAAAAGUGUGUGUGUAAAAUGUGUGUGCAGACAGGGCAUGUUAAACUUUACAAUAUUACUUAAUAAUUCCCUUAAAAACACGAUUCCCCUCGGCUCCGUUUUCAUUCCAUACCUAAAUAAGAUAUGUCCAAGUAUCGUUUAAGGAAUGAGUAUAUUUAAAAAAAUAUGUAUAUGAAUUUAUUGUGUUUGGGUCAGGAUCACAUACUCAUUCAUGGACUCGUACACACUAUAUGUAUCUCUCUCUCUCUCUCUUUCUCACACACACACACACACACACACACACACACACACACACACACACACACACACACACACACAUAUAUAUAAAAUACCCAUCAAAACAUAUAUCCAAAUAUACUACUACCAUAACAAAUUACAUUUUUAUUUAAAUGAAAUAACUAUUGUUCAGUUAUUGGCGCACACAUGUUUCUAUGCUAAUGUAUGGCUAAAACCUGAAGUUUGAAUUCGAAAUUGGCCAAUUUCAAACUAGUAGGAAUAUGUCACGUUAAUUUCACUUUGAUACAGAUAUUUGUUGGGUAUAUAGGCAAUUCCAUAUAUUAUUUCUGUGUAUUCUGUGUAUUAGUUAGCCUCAUUUUUGUGUAUUGCAGAUUUAAUAAAUUAUUCUUAUUA